AUCGAAAGUGGUGGUCUCAGACUCUUAGUUAUAGAAGAGAAAAGUUAGAGGAAAAACACGGUCGCGUCUACUUUCGUCAGGGGCUGACUGCAGGAAAACAGGAGGGCCAAAGUAUCGAGACAACAUGUUCACCAUUCACGCACACAGUCCCACACCUACGGGCAAUUGAAAGUGUAAAAUUAAACCUAGGUGGUCACGUGGCCUAGCUAGCUAUCUGAAGGUCGCGAGUUCGAUCCUCACUUGCCGCAGUGGUUUUCUUCUGCUUGCUCUUGAAUGAGAAUUUGUAUUCUUCAGAUUUAAACCUCGGCAGCUGUAUUUAGUGUUAAUUGCAGACAGUGGAGUGUUUUCUACGUGGGUAUGCUGCGUGGCGACAUACCUGUCGCGGAAAUUGAACGUUGCACUUGUUUCCAGGUGUGAUGUUAGUACUGGCCGACAGUUCCAGGUAUUCAGCUUGGAGUGAAUGAGAUGGCUGAAGGCCAUGCCAGGUGUGACAACCACAGGAGAUCCACACCUGCCUCCUCCUCCUCCCCUCUGUCAUCUCCUUGCCACAGUUCCACCCAAACAUGGCCGCCAGCCAGCUCUCCCCCACAGCCUCACUGGUUGAAUGGUCUUCAAAUGGCACAAGACAUGGACUUGGAGGAAGAUCACGUGCAGAGGAGUUCAUCUCGUUUCUAUGAGGAGCUCUUUUGUAGCAGCCAGUCUUGCGGGUCCUUGGUUCCUCCGGUUCCCCUGGUUCCCCUGCUUCCCCUGGCCGGGGCCCUCCUGGCCUCCUCUCGGCCACAGAGUGAUGCAGUGAAACAAGGCUACCUGGGGAAGAUGGAGCGCAGCCACAGGCGAUAUUUUGUCCUGAGAGAAGGAAGUCACAUUGGGCCGAGUCGACUGGAGUGGUACAAGAGCCAGGAGAAGUUCACAGCGAUGCAGAAGUCUGCUAGCAAAGCUGCGCUAUUCGGGUCGAGCAAGCAAGGGGUGAUUUACCUGCGAUGCUGUCUCGGUGUGAGUCGGACCGGCAGUUCCAGGAAAGGCCACACGGUGGCGUUGUAUGCCAGGGAUCAGACCAUGGUGCUGGUGGUGGGGGACCAGCAGGAACAAGAAGCGUGGUACUUUGCCAUUAAGACACUAAUGGAGGAGGAGCGAAAGGAUGAUGAGCACAGAGAAGGGUGUGAUGAAGAUGAUGAUGGUUAUUGUACUCUACCCCCUGCUGCUUUCUUCAAAGAGGUCUGGCCCGUCUCCGUGAAAGCCAGAGGUCUGGGUCGCUCAAAGUCCCUGACCGGUGAGUCUCGGCUUUGCCUCACAGCUACGUCGCUCAUCCUGGUCAGAGUGACAACCUGCAGCGAUUUGCCAUCGGUUCCCAUACCUCUGCUGAGCGUGCGGCGCUUUGGACACUUGGACGGCUCGUUCUUUGUGGAGCUUGGCAGGUCGGCGCCCGAUGGUCCAGGGGAGAUCUGGAUGGAAGCGAGAGACCAAGGUAACACAGCGAUUGCCCAGCAAAUCCACGAGGCAGUGCGGGAGGCGGUGCGGGCCCUGCGAGCUCUUCCUGACUUCAGCCGGUCACCAACUUCCAACCCCAGUCAGCCUCAAGCACUUGUGUUCUCCAAACGCAGCAGACCCAAAUACAGAGACAAGCCGCUUACUGCGAGGCCGCCAAGUUCUCUCCUGGUCCACCCGCCCAGGAACUCUGACAUCCAGACGAGUCCCGCACCGGCUUACGAAAAUCCUUGCAAACCGGACAGAACCCUGUCUGACUCCAGUGUCAGCCCUCUUAGAGCCCAGCGGGAGUCCAGCUCCUCUGAGUCUACGGGCAGCUACAAGGAAAAGAUGAUGGAGCAAUGCAGGGUGGAGACCUGGGAGCAGGGAGAGGAGCAGCAGGGAGGCCGAGGCUACAUGAUGAUGUCCCCGCAGGGCAGCCACAGCUCGUCUCUGUCGCUUCAGGAUGAUUACAUGACCAUGGCGAGUCCACCGAAAUGCCACUGGCCCCCAUCAUCUUCAACGUCAUCUCUCCUUUCCAAGUCAUUCAACAGCUCCGCCUCUGACUCUCCUGUGCAGACAUCACAUCAGCCCCUCUGGCUGCUGACGUCAGUCCAACAGCCAGAGAUGACCAUCAACCCGGCACUGAUCACGGCCUCACCUCCCUCUCCUGCGCACAGUAUUGUCACAAGUCGACCAGGUUGUACCAGGCCAGUGCAAACGGGUGCAAAAUCUGAUACACGGCAAGUGUCAAGUGAAACUGUCCCAGACCAACCUGCUGUUAGAAGAUCCCGCCUGUCCUCCUGUCUGCUCUCUUGUUUACAAGCUGAGGAAAGAUCCUGAGUGUCUAUGAUCUCAAAGAUGAGUGACAACGAUGUUUCUGGGUGUCAUGGUUCACUAAAUCAGCUUGUGAAUCAUGUGAUCUUCUGCAUCUGUUGAGCAAAGUACAGAUUCAUUCAUGUUUUCUCUGGUGCUAAAAGUAUAUUUUGAGAUAUGUCUACGCCUCGGAUAAUGGACCUAUGAGGUUUAGAAAAAUAAUAUAUUUUUUGCUGACAAUUUAAGUCCAUUAUUUGAGAAUUUAUUUAGUAUGUGUUUGAUAUGUUUGUUUUUCGAAGAAUCUGUGAAUUCACAACACUUAAAAGAUGUUGCACUAGCAUAUAAUGUUAUUAAAAGAAAAAAAUAAA